UUAUUAGAACACAAGUAUGUUUAUGGUAAAUCAAAAAGACUAGAAUUAAGGAUGAAAUGGAAAGUUAGAUUUAAAGUUACCCCCGACAUUUAAAAAAAGUACCCAAAGUAAAUUUAAACAAGGCAAUGGUGAGGUGUUAUUUAUUCUCCCAGGAAAGUCAUUUGGAAACUCCAGCGUCUGCAAGAGAUUUUGAAGCAAGGGCUGGAAAUAGCGGAACCAAAGUCCAACAGUCCUCGGUUGCUGGGGCGGACGUGGGCCCAAUUUGUCCGUUCUCGCAAGUUUCCCCCAGGGCUGGGACCUUGACGUGCGGCAAAUUCAAAUUUUCCAGUACCGUAGUGGUCGUCUCUGGCCCAAGGUAGAGGCCAACGGAGAAAUCAUCGAGCCUCAGAUUUUUUGGUGUACAGAAUGCUUCGAUACGCAUAUUCUCGUAGACUAUAUAAAGAAUUUCUUUCAUGCUGGUUGGACUCUGGCAUACUUAACUUAGGUGCCUGGCCAAAAAGUAUACAUACUACAUCAGGAAAAUAUAAUGAAUGUGAGGCCCAGGAGCAACCAGAUCAUACUGGAGCUCAGGAGUUACACAGAUGUCAAAGUAGAGGUUCUGAAGGUGUGGCUCAACUACAUAUCCCAGUGAUGGUGGAUGAAGUUGUUCGUUGUUUGGCACCCCAAAAAGGGCAGAGUUUUCUAGAUAUGACAUUUGGUUCUGGAGGUCAUACAAGAGCCAUUCUACAGACGGAGUCAGAUAUUACCAUGUAUGUUUUAGACAGAGAUCCUACAGCUUAUGCCAUGGCCGAGCAGCUUUCAGAAUUGUAUCCUAAACAGAUCCGAGCAAUGCUAGGCCAGUUCAGCCAGGCUGAAGCCUUAUUAACAAAAGCGGGAGUACAGCCAGGGACUUUGGAUGGAGUUCUUUUGGAUCUUGGAUGUUCCUCCAUGCAACUUGAUGCUCCUGAAAGAGGUUUUUCCCUUCGGAAGGACGGCCCUUUGGACAUGAGGAUGGAUGGUGGCAGGUGCCCUGACAUGCCCACCGCUGCCGAUGUCGUGAACGCCUUAGAUCAACAGGCGCUUGCAUCCAUCCUAAGAACAUAUGGGGAGGAGAAGCACGCCAAGAAAAUCGCAUCAGCAAUUGUUCAGGCCCGUAGCAUCUACUCCAUCACUAGAACCCAGCAGCUUGCCAGCAUCGUCGCAGGAGCAUUCCCUCCCUCUGCCGUCUAUGCACGGAAAGACUUGCUGCAGCGACCUGCCCAUAUUGCUACCAAGACUUUCCAAGCUCUCCGCAUAUUUGUGAACAAUGAGCUCAAUGAACUCUAUGGGGGACUGAAGACGGCCCAGAAGUUUCUGAGACCUGGUGGUCGCCUUGUUGCCCUCUCCUUCCAUUCACUGGAGGAUAGGAUUGUCAAACGAUUCUUGCUUGGGAUAAGCGUGACGGAAAGAUUUAACCUCAGUACUAGGCAACAGGUGAUACGAGCAUCGCAACUGGCUUCAGGUCAUGGAAACAAGGAAGGAGUCUCUACAGAAGGAGCUCCUUCAGCAUGGGAACUGAUACACAAGAAGGUCCUUACUCCCGAAGAUCAGGAUGUACAAGAUAACCCCAGAGGGCGCUCAGCAAAGCUUAGAGCAGCUAUCAAGUUAUGAGAACGUCACCAUCACCUGAUCUUUUGAAUUCCCCCUCACAGUUUUUCUUUUUCUUUUAUUUUGUAUGAU